UCCUGUCUGAAGAAACGCUCUUAGUAUUUACAAGAGUCCAUUCAGUGAACAGAGUGCAUGGCUUUGGCUGUGCGCUUUGUAAAUCAGGCGUGUCUAAAGGUGCUUUUCGGCGGCGGCAGCAGCGGAGACAGCAGUACCCCAAAUCGCUUUCCCAUAUUCCAAACCGAGUUUCCCGAGCUGACGUCAGCUGACUGCCUUGGCUGCAUUCGCCACUCCGGACAUAGCUAGGACUGUAAAAUGCUGCUCUCCGUUCCACCAAGGACAGGAGUCAACCCAUACAACGGCUAUAACAGUAGAAACAGCAAAAAGCAGGCCUAUGUGUCUUCCCACCAGCAGAUGGCGCUGCCCAGUCCCAAUACCAACAGCAGCAGCAACAGCAGCAACGGGGGAGGGGAACAGCUGAGUAGAACCAACCUGUACAUCCGUGGUCUUCACCCGGGGACCACAGACCAGGACCUGGUCAAGCUAUGUCAGCCAUACGGCAAAAUCGUGUCCACCAAGGCCAUCCUGGACAAGGCCACCAACAAGUGCAAAGGGUAUGGUUUUGUCGACUUUGACAGUCCUUCUGCUGCGCAGAAGGCAGUGACCGCACUGAAGACCAGUGGAGUCCAGGCCCAGAUGGCCAAGCAACAGGAGCAGGACCCCACGAACCUGUACAUCUCCAACCUGCCGCUCUCCAUGGACGAGCACGAGCUGGAGGCCAUGCUGAAGCCCUUCAGCCAGGUCAUCUCCACGCGCGUUCUGCGGGACAGCAAUGGGAGCAGCCGCGGCGUGGGAUUUGCCAGGAUGGAAUCCACAGAGAAGUGUGAAGCCAUAAUUCAGCAUUUUAAUGGCAAAUACAUCAAGACUCCGCCCGGAGUACCAGUGCCCUCGGAACCCUUGCUGUGCAAGUUUGCGGACGGGGGGCAGAAGAAGCGGCUGAACCCGGGGAAGUACCUGCAGAACGGCAGACCCUGGACCAGGGACGGGGACACGGGAGGUGUGACCCUAACCUAUGACCCCACAGCGGCCCUGCAAAACGGGUUUUACUCCUCUCCGUACAGUAUCACCCCUAACCGGAUGAUCGCUCAGACGUCCCUCUCCCCCUACAUGCAGUCUCCCGUCUCCUCCUACCAGGUGCACAGCCCCUCCUGGAUGCAUCACCAAUCGUACCUCAUGCAGCCAGCGGGGACGGUCCUGACCCCCACGUUGGACCACACCAUGUCCAUCCAGCCCACCUCCAUGAUGGGACCUCUCACACAGCAGCUCAGCCACCUCUCUAUGGGCAGCACCGGCCAGUACAUACCGGCCAACACAACUAUGCAAGGGACCUACAUUCCCCAGUACACCCCAGUGCCUGCCAGCGUCACAAUGGAGGAGAGCAGUGGACAGCCACAGCAGCAGGUGGCCAUGGAGACACCCUCUGAACACACGGCUUACUAUCAGCACAGCAAAUGAAGCAGAGCUCCUCCCACCAGGAAGUGUGUCUCUGGGAGACUGGCUGUAGACCACACCUCCACACACUCACAGUGGACUUUACAGGGCAGACAAAAGGAACAGGUUUCUUUUUAAAAACAAAAUUUCUUUUUCGCUACAGACGUUUUUAAAAAAUAUUACUCAAAAGUCAAGCAACCAAGGA